AUGGUGUACUAUUUCAAGUCGACUGCGGUUGAUCCGCCUGCUUUCCUGUACGUGGGUAAAGACAAAGAAGAGAAUGAGGACCUGAUCAAAUUUGGCUGGGAUGAAGAUUUUCACGUGGACAAUUUGUCGAGUGCACACGUUUAUCUAAGACUCCAAUCUGGCGAAUCGUGGACAUCAAUACCCAAAGAGCUACUGGAGGACUGUGCUCAGCUAACCAAGGCAAACUCGAUCGAAGGCAACAAAAAGGACAACAUAACAGUCAUCUACACGCCGUGGUCGAAUCUGCGUAAAGAUGCAUCGAUGGCAACUGGCCAAGUGUCAUUCCACGACCCUAAAAUGGUGAAGAAAGUCCACGUCCCCGUACGACAAAAUGCCAUUGUCAACCGAUUGAACAAAACCCGCGAGGAGAAAUUUCCUGAUUUUGGAGCGGAAAGGGAGGCGAAGCAGAGAGAAAAGCGCAAGGCUGAGAGGAUGGAGCGAGAAAAGCUGAAGGCCAAAGACCGGGAGGAGAGACAGCGGCGUGAAGAGCUGAGGUGGCAGAAAGACCAUGCCUACGAUGACUUUAUGAGAGAGGACAACAUGGUGAGCAAUCAAGACAGAGAUGCCGGCUUCUACGAGGACGAUUUCAUGUAG